AUGGCCGAGAUCAGUGAAAAUACUGACUUUGGCAGGUCUCAGGAAGACUUUUUCAAUGAACCGAGUGCACAGCGGCCGAAAUAUGGAACAUUUGAUGAGUUCCCCCGGCUUCGAGACCCUAGUUAUGGGAAUGUUAUGAAAUCUAGAACUGCUUUCCAAAUGAACUAUGUUGCGACAAAUCCAAUUGGCCCUCCUGAUUUGCUCUAUUACGGUAUAUACGCCGGGGCAACAUCAUAUCAGUUCACCCACAAUGAUUUCAACCCCCUUUUGAACCACAAUGACAAAGAUGUAGAUGGUUAUAUUGGAUAUUAUCAUUAUGUCAAUGGGCUUGACCACCACAACUCAUUUCAGACCAUACAAAACUAUGUAUUCAGUGUGAUGGGAAUAGAGCGUACACAGACGGAUUACCACUGGAAGCAUGGAACUAGUCACGGAUUCAGUUUUGAUAGUGGUAAAAAGGAGACGGUAGUUACAUUUUGCAGUUACAAUAUCUUUGACAAGUCAGAAUUCAGAUUGAGAAAUGUGAUAACCCCCAUUUCUGUGUCCCGGAAAACUGUUCUGAUAGAUACAUCAUUCCAAAUCGCUUCCAAUGACAGCCCCAAAGUGAACGCUUGGUUGAGUAUACACAAGGUGCCUCAAACAAUUUGGGAUGAAUUGAGAUGCUCGCUGUUGAUCAGAUUAUUCUGUCAAUUGGAUGAUCCUUCCAAGCAAUUGCCUGGAUUAGUGAGCUUGAACGAGUUUGUAUCCGUUAAGGAACAGGCUCAAGGCUCUAUUUCCUUGUUAAUUAAGUUCUUGUCUAAAGGGUACUUGACGGACUCGGAUUCGAGCUAUGGAGUAGUAACCGGAUGUGUAAAUGACUUGAAAAUCCUAGUUAAAACCAAUGUUUAUCGGAACCGGUUAAUUGACACAUUAUUGAGAUUAUGUGAGAUUGGGCCUAACGGUGGUUUCACCAGCUUUGCAAUUGAUGAAAUUAACAAGAUUAACGCAAAUGGAAACUGGGACUACGUGAUUUUGAUGCUUUUAAAACUACCUAAUAGCCGAAACACUACCAACGAGUUCAUCGAGCUCAUUUUCAAUCACUUAGCAAACAAUGAGUUGUUCUCAACCCAGUCGUGCUUGAUGUUGCUUGAGCAGGUGAAGUUCUUGAUCUCUAAAAACGACUACCAAAGUGCAUUAAAAGUAUCUGCUACCACCAUAAAGAUAUUACCAUUGGAUUUUGAAUGCUGGUUUUACCUUGCGUUGUGCUACACCUUGGAGGAGGACUAUGAGCAGGCUUUAAUAUCCAUGAACUCGUUUCCUAUGUCUUUUACUGAUGCAAGUGCGAUUCUUGUUUCAGGAGUAACUGACGAAUACUCAGGAUCUUUUGUCAGAAACUUCAAUAAUAACAAUGAGCCCAUAUCAGAGAAGACGUUUCUCAAAUACUUUCCACAACCAAAGAAGUAUAUAAACCUGUUGAUCGAUUCAGACAACCCAAAAGUUGAAGGUAAAAUGAAGAAUUUGUGGGAAGACAUAUUCAUUUUUGACCCAAAUGCAAGACAUCCUAUUAUGGGAAAUGACUUCUACCAAUCUCCGUUGGUUGUUAAAUCAGCAAAAGAGACGUCUCUAGUUGACUCCAAUUUGAUCAAGUUGGUUGGCCCUAACUCAACGAAAAUAAGAUUAUCUGCAUAUUCAGCCAAUUGCUCAGGCUCUUCCAUCUUAGAUUUCACUAGAAAGUCUACAUGGGGUAGAAGCUAUGAUCUACUCUCGUUCAUCGUUGCGCAAAUUGGCUGGGAUUCUACAGUUCUCUUAAAGAGCAAGAUCUUUGAGGACAAACAGAAAGAACAAAAACCUGGUUCAAGAGAAUUUGAAGUCAAUAACCAGGUGAAACUGUCUAUUCGGUGUGAAUCAUGGUUGGAAAAGUUGUUUAUGGUGAUUAUUCAGGACUUGAAGAUACUUAUUUCCAUAAGUUCUUCAGAAAGAGAACAAAAUCACAGUGCAUUAGAAUGGGAGGUGUUGGGAUUAUUAGGAUGGAACGUUAAAUAUCAUUUGAAAGCCUCAAUAAGCUCAUUGAUAACAGCUGUUAUGGGUGAUAGUGGAAGUCAUGGAUUUAAUUACUUUGGGUCAAUUCAGGUGUUGGCACUUUACGAUGAGUUUGUUUUAAGUGAUGUUAAUGACUCCCAAAUAGAUAUAUUCACCAACAGCUACAACAAGUCGCUAUUUACCAACAAAUUGAUAUUGAAACAAAAUGAAAAAGUAUUCCAAACUUUUACGAAAGCAGUGGAAACAGAACUUCUACCACUUGAUGUAAUUCUUUUGAUUAUCAUCAAGAUGAUUAGUUGGAACUUACGGUGGUACCAAUACGUACCCAACUAUCUCAUCAACACCGUUUUGGCCAAGUUGUCAAUUGUGCAUUCACCAGAAUACAUUAUAUCGAAAAUUAAGAUUGUGUUCGAACAGAACAAGAACCAUAAUCCCAACGAUAGGUAUCGGUUUUUGAAAUUCAUGAGGCCAUCGAGUACAACAGAAGAAGCAUGGCAGUUUGAUACUGAAGAUACAAUAACGACGUACAUCGAGAGAAUAAUUAACCGGAUGGGCACAAUCGAAAAUUAG